AUGAAAACUCCAUUUUGUGUUCGACUUCAAAUUUUAGGAAUCUAGCAAAAUGAUGAGUUAGAAUAUUUUGAAAAUCCAGAAUUCUUUGAAGAUAGUUAACAUAUUUUUCCUUUGAACAUUUAUGCACAGAGUUAUGGAAUAUAUGUGAUUAGAUUAGAUUAUUAUAUUAAAAAGAAUUUUAUAAAAGAGGAAAAAAUUGUGAAAGGGAAAUUGAUUUUUAGUAAUUGAGUGCAUAAUAAUUUAGCAUUUUACAAUUACAUUACAUAAUAAUUUGUGGAUAUUUAUGACUUAUUAUGUACAGAUAAUAAUUUCAUUAAACUUGAUGGAUAAUUUUGGUUUAAAGAUGAGAAUUCAAUAUCUCCAUUGAUUAUUAGAUUAAAGCUUUAAAUUUAUUAUCAAGAAUAUCUUAAAUAUUAAAACCUUUUGGAAAAUAUUGAAUUAGAAAAAAACAACUUAUAAGGCAAUAUAGAGAAAGCAAAAACUGAAUUAAGAAUUAAUAAUGAAAAUUUCGUCAAUUUUAAAAUGAAAGUAAAUCAACUUAAGCAAUUUUAUUAAAUACAACCUUAAUAUCCAGAGAUUGAUAUUGCUAUUUUAUAUAGUCAUCCAUUAGUAAAUUAAAAUGAGAAACGUGUUAGUCCAGUUUAAUAUUAUGAUGAUAUAUAGAAUUUUAAAUAAAGGAUAUCUGCUCUAAACAAAAAAGUUACAUAUCUUAUAACAUAAGCUACAAAAGAGAAUUUGAGAUAGGUUCUAAAAUAUAAUCCAAAAAUUAUCCACAUUAUUGCUCAUGGAGAAAAUGAUACAAAUAAACUAAAUCAAUAUUUAUAAUUUGAGAAUAAUUGUACAGAUGAUUUUGUCUAUAGAGAAGAUUUAUAAUAAAUCAUGAAAGAAUCUAAAAAAUCAUUAUUAUUUCUAGCUUGUUGUUAUGCUGGAGAAAUAGCUAAAAAUAUUUAAUAAUAUGCUACAACAAUAGCAGUAGAUAAAGAACUCAAAAUGUUAGAUGAUGCAGGCAUAUAUUAUUUCUCAUCUUUAUAUGAAAAUUUGUUAUCAAAGAAAACAUUAUAGACUAGUCAUGAAUAAGCUAAAAAAAAUGUAGAAGAACAACUUGGAGAUAAGAACUUUUAAUGUUGUCAUUGUCAUUCUCAUAGAGAGGCAUGCAAAGAGAUAUUUGGAAAAUAUAAUGAUUUAUGUUUUAAACAUAAAUCUUAGUGUAAAUGUGAAGAAUCUGAUAAAAUAAAUGAUAAAUUAUCACAUCUAUGGGGUCCAAAUUAUAAAUGUUAAGAUAUUUGUGAAGUUAUUUUAAAUUAAGUAUAAGAAUAAAAGAAUAAAGAAUUUGUUAAUAUUAAAUUAGAUGAAUUUGCUUAAGAUGGAAUUCUAAGAGUUUGCUGUUGUGAAUUGGCAGAAAAAUUAUAAGAUGAUGUUUCCACUUUCAUUUAACAUACAGAAUCAGAGAAAUUUCAAAUAUUUUCAUAAAAUUCUACUUAAUCAUAAAUAUUUAAUAAUGUUGAAAAAGGUAAUCUAGUUGAAAUUAAUUAACUAUCUUGGGAAGAAUAAUAUUUAAUUGCUUGGAAAAAAGAUGCAAAAGUUAUAUAUAACAAAUUAACUGAGACUUUUUAUUCCAAAAAAAGAUAAAUCCUUAAAAUAUGUGCAGGAACAUCAAAAGGAGAAAGAUUUGUUAUAAAAUUUGCUCAUCAAGUUUCUAAGUAUUUUAAAGUAAUUUAUAUUAAUGAAAAAUUAGUUUAGGAAAUUAAAAUUUUACAAAAGGAAUGAAAUUGAAGAUAUUUAAAUAAUUGAAAUUCCAUUAGAUAAAAUUGAAUAACUAUUAUUAAAAAAAUAUGAAACAAGAAUAAGUUACAUAUUUAUUAUAUGUCAAUUAUAAAAAGAUCUUUUUAUUAAAAGUAUAGAAUAAUUGUUAUAAUUGAAUCAAAAAGGAACUAUCAUUCUUAUUUCAUAUCAAGAAUUAUUUGAAUUAGAUUUGGAUUCUAACUUUUAUAAAAUAUAACUUAAAGAUUGGGUUAAUAAUAGUGAUAAAAAAGAAAAAUGUGAUUAUUAUAAAAUUCUUAAUGAAUAUGGUGAUGAAUUGACUUAGAAAAUUAUUGAAACUGUUGGAGAAGAUAAAAUAAAAAAACUAAAAUUUGAUCAAUUAUUAGAUUAAAUUGAAAUUAUCCUUAAAAAUUAAUAAGAAUAAAUUAAUUAAUUUGUUUAAAAUUGA